AUGCAACAUGCGGUGAGAAACCGCAAUAACUAUUUCUGCGGUGUUGCAGGAGCGCGUAACAGUGGUUACGGGCAGCAGCCGCUUGCUGCGGGGUUGAAUCCCACCUUGGACGUGGAUGUUACUUUAGUGCUGCUGGAGGGCGGCGCCGACGCCGGCGCGCUGGACACGGAGGGCCGGUCGGCGCUGUGCCUGGCGGCGGACCGCGGCCACGCCGGCUGCCUGGAGGCGCUGCUGGCGCGCGGGGCGGACGCCGAGCGCAAGGACCUGCGCGGCUGGAAGCCCCUGCACAAGGCCGCGUGGCACGGCCACCUCGACUGCGUGCGCGCGCUGCUGCGCCGCGGCGCCGACGUCCACGCCAAGGCCCACAUCAUUCUGGGCACCAAUGCCUAA